AUGGAAAUGAUCGGCAGCAUUUUGUCAUUCUAUUAUGUACCGAUACUUGUUUGCACCGGUAGCAUUGGUAAUAUUUUAUCGGUCUUUGUCUUUUUCAAAACUAAAUUACGGAAGCUCUCAUCCAGUGUUUACUUAGCCGCCCUAGCCAUUAGUGACACAUGCUUUCUGUUCGGACUUUUCGCGCAAUGGCUGAAUUUUGUCGAUGUGCAUAUUUACAAUCGAGACUUUUUCUGUCAAUUUUUUACGUAUUUCAGCAGCUUGGCUUGUUUCUGUUCGGCAUGGUUUGUUGUUGCUUUCACAGUGGAACGCUUUAUUGCUGUCAUGUAUCCCUUACGGAGGCAAACUAUGUGCACAGUGCGUCGUGCAAAAAUUGUGCUCUUUGGACUAACUUUGAUGGGUUGUUUGCAUUGCACACCAUUUUGGAUACUAUCGACACCUGUAUAUUCACCAAAACUGGAGACAACAAUUUGUGACAUCAAAAGCGAAUAUAAGGAAUAUAUAACACUACUAAAUUAUUGGGAUACAAUUAUAAUAUUCGCAGUGCCAUUCACUACAAUUGCCAUACUGAAUACUUUCACCGGCUGCACAGUAUGGAAAUUUGCAACUGUACGGAGAAGCUUAACUAUGCAAAAAAUGAAAACUCAACUUACCAGGGAUGCACUUACUUCUUCAACGUAUCGAAUAACCUCACUGAAGCGACAAAAAUCGACUUGUUCACACCCGAGUGGACAAAACAACGUUUCACGUCUGAAUUGCGACAUUACACGAAAGUCAAGAAGACGAAAAAUUACGAAUUCAUCUCAACUGAAAGUGACAAAAAUGUUGCUAGUCGUUUCGACUGUUUUUGUAUGUUUAAAUUUACCAAGUUAUAUAUUACGCAUCAAGACUUUUUUGGAGACUCAAACAUCUGCAAAUGAAAAAACCACCGUGGUCCUGCAAUACAUUUUUCAAUUACUUUUCAUAACGAAUUUUGGAAUAAAUUUUGUACUAUAUUGUGUGAGUGGACAAAAUUUUCGCAAAGCCGUACUAUCAAUGUUUCAACGUGUAUCUCACAGAGACGGAACCACACAAGUUACAGUUUCAGAAUACUACCGUAACAGCGGAGCUACUGGUAUGUCCACGAGACGACGCAUGAUGACACAACACUGUUGGAAUGAAAUACAUGAAAUGCAUCUUCUCAAGUAAUCGGAACUGAAGAACAAGUUUUUCAUUAUGAAUUGUGAUUAGCAUAGAAUUACAAACGUUAAUGAAUGUAUUAAAAUUUAAAUAAAAUUACCUAAACUUAUAUACG